AUGAAGACGUUUAAAUCACUUACUUUCAAAUCAAGAAAGGAAUCGAUUGUACUCUUUAUCAUAUUAUUGAUUUUCAUUAGCUGCUAUCAAUGGUUUGUAAACAAACCACCGUCUACACAUCAACUAAUUCCACAAAUACCUUCUAGUUUAUCACGAGAGAUCACUGAACCGAAGACUCUCAUCUAUCAUCAUCCACUUUGUUCAUGCAAUCGAUCAUAUACUGCACAGAACCUGAUUGAUAAUAAAAAUUCUCAGUCACUUUGCAGUCAAUACUCCACAUAUCGCGGUUUACAUCAACGUAUUAUAGCAAUCAGUAUGUACGGUCCAAAAGAAAAUGCUUUGUUUGCAUUUAAUGCAUCGUUAAAUUUUCUCCAUCAACUUAUCAUUGACAUGAAGAAAAUCUAUCCCAAUUGGAUUCUAAGAGUUUAUCAUGAUGCAUCGAUCAAAACUGACGUUAUCUGUCCGAUUGAAUGCAUUCAUGAUCAUGUCGAUUUUUGCAAUACAAAUGCAUUAGAAAAGUAUAGUAAUGUGAAUGAUUAUAUUCCACCAAAGAUAUGGCGGUUUUUACCAGCUGGGGACACGUUCGUCGAUGUUAUGGGUAGUCGUGAUCUUGAUUCGCCAUUAGGUCAACGUGAACUAGACGCUGUUAACGAAUGGCUAUCAUCGAAUAAAUCUUGGCAUGCUAUGCGUGAUCAUCCAUAUCAUGCUGUUCCGAUGCUUGGUGGUAUGUGGGGCUUUCGUCCAGAACAGAAUCGAAAAUUCUCUGCUGAGCUAUUACAAAAAAUGUUAGAUCGUUCAUUGAUUACACGUUAUGGUACUCGUAAUGAUCAAACAUUUCUCACCGAACAAGUCUGGCCUCAUAUUCAAAAUGAUGUCAUUGUACAUGAUGGUUUUCUAUGCACAACAUGGUAUGGUAAAAAUUCUCGACCAUGGCCAACGCGUCGGCCGCCAUUCAAUGGUACUGAUUGUUUUGUUGGUUGCGUUCGUCCCUGUUGUACACCAACGAAGACUCCUUUUGGUGAAUGUCCUGUUGCUUGUCGGCCAAAAGAGCAUGUAAAUUGGACAUACUGCUAG